AUGUGCGUGCUUCACAGAUUUCGCCACGCAGCUGCGCUUCAAACUGUGCUUUUUGCCCACUUGGACUUCGUUAAAGGGUGCUGGGUGGAUUCCUUGUGCCUCCUGGACUUUCUUCGCCAAGACGCCACCGACACGAUCACGUUCAACGCCGCCAUCAGCGCAUGCGAGAAGCGCGGGGGCUGGGCACGGGCGAUGGCGCUCCUUGCGUCCAUGGGACUUCAAGGAUGCCAGCCCAUCGGCAUCUCCUACAACGCCGCGGCCAGCGCGGGAGAAAAGGCUCAGGCGUGGGAGAUCUCUGCGAACUUGCUGCAGGCCUUGGGACGUGGUCCUCUCAGCUACGACGUCAUCGCCUUCAACGCGGUGAUCAGUGCCUGCGAGCGCCAGGGACUGUGGGAGCCUGCCUUGCAGCUGCUGGGCGAGCUGCGGGUUGCCACCCUGCAAGGCACCGUGGUUACAUAUUCCGCUUGCGAAAGCGUUUGUGAGAAGGCUCUGCGUUGGCAGGAGACGCUCUGCUUGCUGUCCGUACUGCGCGCCAGCAAGGCAGCUGGCAAUGCUGUUGCCUUCAACUCCGCCAUCACGGCGUGCGAUCGCGGCUGCUUGUGGGAGGAAGUGCUGCGCCUCUAUUGGGAGCUCCAGCUGGCCCAGCUUCCGGUACCGCUGUGUCUUGUCUGCUUCGCUUCGUCGUGGCCCUGCUCCGGCACCUGCUUUGCUGGCGGCAACACAGAGUGCUGGAGUGAGGCGGCUCGCCGAAUUGGAGCUCUGAUCUCGACAAGUUUAACCUUGAUGGCCGCGACGCUGGAACAUUUCGAAGGCCUUGAGUUUGACGAUUGUAUCCUGGUGAACUUCUUCUUGGACUCCCUCUACAGAGAUUCGGAAACACGAGCAGGGGCUAAAGGGGAAAGCGAAGGAGAAGGGGCCCAAGGAGUUCUGGGUCAAGAUGGCACACAACCUACUCCGACCGUGGCUGUGAACAAGGCCAGGAUCUGUGAGGCCUACCUCAAGGAGGGGACGCUGCCUUUGUCUGGACAUGUCGACAGCGGCUGCGGUCACCUCGGACGCCACAUCGAGGGUGGAAACAAGCGAAGGCAGGUGGGUCUUGUUGGGGACGCUGCUUUGUUGGUCGAGCCUGCCUGGAAUUCACACCCUACCCCGAACUGGAAACACAAAGACCUGUCGUUGGAGAAUCCUUCUGUGAAAGUGGCACCGACGCAUACCGAAGCCAUAGAGUGCAGGGCCGGUCCGAUGCGCGAGCCGACGCUGGUGGAUGUAAGCAAGGCGAUCAAUGCCUGCGGCAGGACUCUUGGCUUCGUCAUGGCCGUCUUGAUGAAGGCGCAGUGGGAGAGGGCAAUGUGGCUGCUGGGGGAGCUGUCACAUUGGCAGCUGGAGGCCCACAUCAUUGCCUCGACCGCCGCUUUGAGCGCCUGCGAGCGGCGCGAGCAGUGGGAGCAAGCGUCGGCACUGCUGGCCGAGAUGCCUGAGAAGGAUUCCAUCGCCUUCGGCGCUGGCAUCAGUGCCUGCGGGAAAGGCGCUUGCUGGCCCUUGGCGAUGCUACUCCUCUGGCAGCUUCACGCACAACAGGUCGAGAAACAAGUCAGCGCUUGCAACGCAACGAUCACGGCCUGCGAGAAGGGAAGGCUUCGUUGGGCUGAGGCCUUGAGCCUCCACAACAUCCUGCAGCAGUGGGCGCUCACGCCGAACGUGAUCACAUGCAGCGCCUCUGUCAGUGCCUGUGAGAAGGGUGGCCGAUGGAGCCAGGCUCUCGGCUUCGUGCACGAGAUGUUCGAACAAGGAGUGCAGGGCAACAUCAUCACCUACAGCUCUGCCAUCAGCGCCUGCGAGACUGCAGGCGGCUGGCAGCACGCGCUGGCCCUCUUCGAAGAAGCAGCUGAGGAGUUGGAAACCAAUAUUGUUGCGUACAACGUCACCAUCAGCGCCUGCGAGAAAGGCAGCCUUUGGCAGGAGGCACUGCAGUUGUUUCAGGAAGCCCAGCAGCAGCAUCUUCGAACCAAUGUGAUCAGCUAUGGGGCGGUCAUCAGUGCAUGUGAGAAGGGUGAGGAAUGGGAACUGGCUCUGGCUCUGCUGGCUGAACUUGAUGCCAGGAAGCUGGAGAGAAAUCUGAUCACCUGCAAUGCGGCCAUCAGUGCCUGUGAGAAGGGCAGUGAAUGGCUCCGAGCCCUGACGCUGCUGGACGAAGUGCAGUCUCAACUUCAGGCAGAUGUCAUCUCCUUUGCCGCGGCCACCAGUGCCUGUGAGAAGGCUUCCGCCUGGGCCUGGGCCCUGGAGCUGUUCGCCCGCCUGGGACGCGGCAGGCUGCGCCCGAAUGUUGUGGCUCACAAUGCGGUCAUGGCUGCCUGCGAGCGUGCUGGGCGUUGGGAGGAGGCUUUGCUGAUGUUUCUACACUUGCGGCAGCAGCGGCUGCAAGGAUCUGUGAUCACCCUCGCUGCCUCUACAGCCGCCUCUGCCCUAGGCCACCAGGCUGGCCUCACGGCCCUCAGCCUCGCGGGCCUUCAAGAGGCAGCAGCGCAGGCCCUCCGGCGACGCUUCGUGGAGGGAGCCUGA